AUGACUGCCAUUACCGCUGCAUCUUUCUCUUCCUCUUCGUCUUGGCCGCUUCCACCGAUGAGCUACGAGCCGAGACCAGCAGCGCCCGUCAGGUCGUUGCUGCCAAAGAGAGUCGACGUUGCGCAGCUCACCCCCAACAACCUUGGCCAGCUUCGAAAGCUCAACAGUGUCCUUUUCCCUGUGCAAUACUCCGAACGCUUCUACAAGGAUGUCUUGGAUCCAGACGCAGCUGAGAUCUGCAAGCUGGGUCUAUUCAAUGAUGUGGCUGUUGGCACCAUUUGCUGCCGCCUCGAACCAGUCUCCGCCAGCGUAGUGCGUAUCUACAUAAUGACCCUCGGUGUCUUGGCACCGUAUCGACGCCUUGGAAUCGCAUCAACACUGCUGCAGCACAUCCUCGACCACGUCAGUCCAGGCAAAGAGAUCCAAAUCAUCGACAAGGAUGCCCCCACUCCCAAACCCAAAAAGGAUAAGAAUGGCAAGGAGACCAAACCCGAGCUCAUCAAGAAGACCGUCAAGGUAGAGUCCAUCUACCUUCAUGUGCAGACGUCCAAUGAUGAGGCCAAGGCCUUUUAUGAGAAGUUCGGUUUCCGAGUCGCAGAAACAAUAGACAACUACUACCGCAGGAUUCAGCCCGCCAGCGCUUGGGUUCUGCAGCUUCAGUAA